AUGCUUUUUUUUCUUUUCUUCCCCCCUACACUUUUCCUUUUUUCUCUCUCUCUCUCUUUCUUUAUGUUAACGUUUCUUUCAUUUACUCUAUCUGAUUUUCUCUUUUUAUGUCUCUAUCCAGUGCUUAUUAUUUUCUUUCUCUCUUCAAGUAUUUGUUUUUCUUUCAUUUACCACAGUGUUGUACUCAUUUUCCUAUCUCUGUCCAACCACAUUUCUGUACUUCAUAUCUCUGUACACGUUUUUAUUAUCUUGGCACAAAGCAUAUUGCUGUACUCGUUUUCCUAUCUCUGCGCAGAACACAUUUUUGUACUCUUUUUUUUUUCUUACCUGUUUCCUGUCACUUUCUUUACUCUCUCCUUUUACAUUCUCUGUCCUCCUCUUUCUUCACCUCUUCCAAAUCACUUUCCAUUCUCUCUCCUUUAUACUCUCCGACAACCCGACUCUGAUACUCCCCACUCUGUAUGUCUACCUCCUCUCUUUUUAUUCUUCUCAUUCUGCAUACCCCCUACCCCACCGAUUCAGUUUAUCACUUUCUUCUUAAUGCACUCCCAUUUCUUUAAUUUCUUCUUUUUUUUUAUUUUGAUCACAGACACUUGGCUCUGUUAUCUUCAUUCUCCCAUUCUGAAAAUUCUUCCACUCUUUUUCGACAAAGAAAAACAUACAACUCCACAAAAGAAACAAAAAUCAAAACUACAAUAUCGUAAUUACCUAUGUCACAUAUUUCUCUUCAAUUUAACCCCCACCUACAUUUCCCCACUUUCCUUACUUUCUCUCUCCUUCACUCUUCCUCUACCACACUCCUCUCCACCUCUCAAAAGCACAUGA